GGAAGUAUUUUUGUGGUUCUGUGAAAUACAAUGCUUUGUCCUUUUCCGCUGAAUUAUUAACAUGGCUUUGAUACUGCCAGAGAAGUUUCAGCACAUUCUUCGUAUCCUCAACACAAACAUUGAUGGACGAAGAAAAGUGAUGUUUGCUAUGACUGCUAUCAAGGGUAUUGGUAGAAGAUAUGCUCAUGUUGUCUGCAAAAAAGCUGAUGUAGACAUAACAAAGAGAGCUGGAGAACUGUCUGAAGAGGAGAUUGACAAAGUUAUCACGAUUAUGCAGAACCCUCGCCAGUACAAGAUUCCUGAUUGGUUCCUUAACAGGCAAAAGGAUGUCAAGGAUGGUAAAUUUGGUCAAGUUAUGUCCAACACACUAGACAACAAACUUCGUGAGGAUCUUGAGCGACUAAAGAAGAUUCGAGCACACAGGGGUCUCCGACACUACUGGGGUCUGAGAGUAAGAGGACAGCACACAAAGACCACAGGAAGAAGAGGAAGAACUGUUGGUGUUGCCAAGAAGAAGUAGACUGUGAAUAUGAGGCUGUUAAAGUAAAAAAAAAGAAAAGAAAAAAACCACAA